UCUCCUACCACGAUCUACGUACCAUCGACCAGUACGAGUGAGUUCGCGGUCGGUGAAGGUGCGUACCAGAAACAGUCGAGCAUCGGUGGUAUGACAUCACCCGCGUCCACCCUGGACGGACUACCUAAACAGUUCGUGACCGCGAUGCGAACCCUCUUCGACAUCAUGGACGAUAAAAAAACCGGCUUCGUCAACCUGAUCGACAUCGAGAACAGAUGGCAAGACGAUGGGUCGAAAGGUUUGCCCAAGGGUGUGAUAGAGAGCCUAAGAAAGGUCACACCUCCGAACGGUAUGCUCAGUUUCGAGCGCUUUUGUGCCGGUUUGAAAAUAUGUCUGCUAAGAAAUCAAGUAGACAGACGUGACAAUCUGAAACCGCAGGACAACAUCAAACCGAAUCGGCCUCCGUCAGCUCCCCUGCUCGACAUCGACGUGCCCCCGAAACCGAGCUGGACCAACACGGCGGCGAUCCGCCCCAACAACGUCAUGUCCCAACAGAGGACCAUAAGUAUGCCCCAGCUUCUGCCGAAGGAAAACACGCAGCCGGAGACCGUUGAUGUUCAUGCGUUCGAAAAACCAGUUCCGAAUAUAAACAAACCCACGCUUUACGGACCCCCGAAGCCCCCUCGCACGGCGAUCGGCGUUUCUGCGGGCAACAUCGACAGGGCGGAGAUCCGCACGGCUUUGCAGAACUGGCAAAUGGGGCUGCUGAUGAACGACCAGGAGAACAAGGGGGACAAAAGACAACAACAACAACAGCAACAAUAUCCUGGCUUGUUGAGGACUGGGGGCAGAAGUAUGGGGGACGGGAAAGCCGCCCAAACAGACAUGCAGGUGGGAAUGUAUCAGAAAAAAACGAACGUGAGAAGAAGAGAGCCGCGUCGUCAUACAUUGCAAAAUGGAAUCGAUUACAACAUGUUAAAGAGGAUGAAGCAGAUCGAACAAGAAAAAGAUGUGUUGAUGCAAGGAUUAGGUGCGGUUGAAAAAGCCAGAGAUUGGUACUUGAAACAGGUGUCUAUUGUACAGGAAAAGAUGAAGUACCUUGGCAGAAUGGGUCAUGUUGAACCGUGGUCGGAGGCGCAACAAGAAAAACUGGAAUUGCAAAGAGCAAGAGUGUUGGAAGUGAACAGACACUUGGCGGCUUUGACCGAAAGUUGGGAACGUGGUGGUUUGCCCCUGCAUAUGAACCUCGCUGUCCAUCAUUAUCCACAACAACACCAUCCCCCCACAGAUCUUGCCGACAGACUUAAACAACAAAACCGACUGCUCACAGAGGAGGUGAGCAAAAAAAGCGAAAGGAUCUCGGCGUUGGAACGCGAAAAGGCCAGUUUGAUCCAGGUACUUCAAAUGCGUAACCGGAACGGUCAGGAAGAGGCGGUGUUUUGACUUUGAUUUUAUUAAAAGUCAUUGUAACUAAUGUGAUUGUGAAGUGUGACAAAGGUGUGUGUUUAUCAUGUUACCUAGUUUGUAAGUUUGGUUGAGUGCCAUUUUUUAAAAUUAACCUUAGGUGCAAUUUUUCGGUGCAGAUUUUAUCAUUAUUAUAUUUUUAUAGUACAAGUUUUAUUUAAAUUUUAUUGUAACAUCGUUUAAUAAAUAUAUGUUUAAAUUUUGUAUAA